UCAUGCUCCUUUAAUGCGAAACCUGGGAAGUGCGAGACUCGUCUUGUGUUCCACCUCCACGCUGAAGCUUUCCCUCCUCCGCUCCUUCCUUAUCAGGAAACAAGGUGACAGUAAGAAGAUCCAGAGGAACUCGCCCUUUCACCAAAAGGACUACAUGAUGGCUACCAAUGGCUUCGCCACUGCCACAUUUGUGGAUACAUGUGAGGAUGCCUUCUACUUUGAAGUGGGAGAAACAGAUAAAUGUUUGGAUUCGGACGCCUUUGGAAAAACUGAUAAUUGCUGUCAAUGUUGGAUCCAAAGCAACAACAACAAAUUCCUGAUGUUGAGUGAUGACGGGCAAUUUCAAGCUCAAAACUUGAAUAUACGGCAGCAGCAGAGAGAGUCUGGCUGCAAAUUUCACUUCCAGUUUUACAACAAAAACCCGAGCGAGAAGCCAGGGAAGGCCGUCAUUCUGUACUCCAACAAAGACGGCAAAAAUAUGGUGGUGUCCUGCAGUAAUAUGCAUCAAGUGUGUCCGGUGGAAAUGCAGGAUCUUCCAGGUCACAUUGAGGAAAACUCAAACAAGGCCAUAUUCUACCGGGUGAAUGUCACAUCAACAUCUGGCAGGUACCUGUUUGAGUCGUCUCUGUACCCAGAUCACUACCUGGGGUUAGAGACCGAUGAGAGCAACCCCUUUCUGGAGAAACUGGUCCUGCGUCAGAAAAGUAGAGAUGAAGUGGAUGAGUCGACCCAGUUACUGGUUUUAACAAUUUAGAUGAAUUCUGCAGUGUUAUUUUCGAUACAGUGUUUUUAAAAUGCUGAUUCAAGAAAACCAGAGUUUUUGUUGAAUAGAUGAACUGGGGGAAAAAAAGUACAGUUUCACACUUAACGAUCUGGUUAAAACAUAAUUUUUGUACCUUUUUAAUCGCAAAAAAAACACACAUUUGGUUUAAGACAGAAGCCAACAUGAAAUGAGCAUUAAUGUCAGAAAACUUUGGCAACUUUAUGUUGUGUCUUGGACAAAGUUUAAUUUUAAUCUUGUAAUUUUACUAUGUCAGUCUAUUAUUAUUAUUAUUGUUAAGUCUUUUUCCACAGUGGCCCCAAUUCUCUGUAAUGUAGAGUUUCAGGUUGAGGCAUAAGGAAGAAUUAUUUUCAUUUAUUUAGUUUUUUCUGUAUGAACAAUUGUUUAUAAAUAAAUAAAAAACAUUUCUUUACAUUUUUAAAGUAGAGGAGCACAUUUUUUCUUUUUUACUAUUUUCCUCCAUGUUGUUACCAAAAAAGCAACAUUUAACAAACCCUCUGCGUUUGGUUUUUGCUUGGCCCUAAUAUUUAUUUUUACAUUUGGAUCUCUAAAGUGUUCAAUAUGACAUCAGAUAUGUAUAAAGAAGAUAUGAAUUAAUCAAUCCCAAUUCAUCCACUCAGUUUAGAACUGUGAAGGAUAUAAUGUUAUUUCAUUAGGCUUUUACUUUUUACUUCCAAAAACAUUUUUCAUUUCGAUGUUUUGAUGUUCAUUUGAAUGUGAAAAAGUGCAGUAAAUUAUAGUUUUUUACUUUUGGAAACCUUUCAUAUAAAAUCAUUGUUUGUACUCCUGAUGUUGUCGACUCUGUGAUCAUGUUUGGUUAAAAUAAAACAAAUUCAAAAUAAA